AUGAGACUGUGCGACUUCGGAUCUGCCGAGAUUUGGCUCCGUAUGCGAUCCUCAAACUCGAUGAACUUCUCCUUGGGCGAUGCUUGUACGAAACUGCUGGGAGAUGUGCUGGCUCCAGGACGCCUCGAAGCUGCGGACGCGCUGGAUCUUGGCUUUAAUCGAAUCACUAAUACUGGUGCGACGCAAUUGGCAGAAGCACUGAAGACGAGCACGUCGCUGAGAACACUUUGUACCUCUCAGGAAAUGAUAUUGGACCGGCAGGUGUCGCGCUCUUGCGCGGCGCUUGCACUUCGAUUUGCCCCGCGCAGUUUACACCUCGGUUUGGCAACAAUUAUUUGGCGAAGAAGAAUUGCUUGUUUCUUAAUGAAUGGAAUUACUGGCUUCGACCACCAUGCUGAGGCGCUGUACUUAGUUUACGAAUGGGUAAGCGCUGCAGGCAUGCAGAAGUCUAGCUGGCGCUGA